GCGGGACUACGCGGACUCUAAGCCUUGCGGAUCUCCUCUCAGAAAUCCUAGUCUCUCGGGGCAAGGGCGUCUCCCGUGCCCCGGCCCCCUGACCUCUCUUCUCUCAAGGGACUAAUCACCGGGUCUGAGCCCUUACUGGUGACCUUUUGUAGUUUAUUGUCCAACGAGACUCCGCAGCGGGCCCCGGAGAGACAAACCCCACCACCCCAAGACGAUUGAACUGGAGCAGGCGCUGCCUGUGUCCGAUUUAGAAGUCGAGAGUGGUCCACCCCAGUCUCCGGCCGCCUUUCCGGGUCGGACGGUGGCAAGGAGACUUGGAAGCCCUCGGGCCGUCAACGGCGCCAAGAGCUAAAUGGCGGGGAAAGUGGGCGGCGAGUCGCCCGUUAGUCUUAGGUACCUUAGGAAGAGUUGAUGGUCUCUCAAACCUGAAGCGACCAUGCCCCGUAAAGGCACCCAGCCUUCCACCGCCCGGCGCAGAAGAGAAGAGCCGCCGCACUCCCCGGACGGCACCAGUAGCGACGCGGAGCCGGAACCCCCGCCUGGCCGCGCGGGCAGCCCGGCCCCUGCUACCGCAGAGACACCAAGUGAGGAAAUUGAUAAUAGAAGUUUAGAAGAGAUUUUGAAUAGCAUCCCUCCUCCCCCGCCUCCAGCAAUGGCCAAUGAAGCCGGAGCUCCUCGGCUAAUGAUAACUCAUAUUGUAAACCAGAACUUCAAAUCCUAUGCUGGGGAAAAAAUUCUGGGACCUUUUCAUAAGCGCUUUUCCUGUAUUAUUGGGCCAAAUGGCAGUGGCAAAUCCAAUGUUAUUGAUUCUAUGCUUUUUGUGUUUGGCUAUCGAGCACAAAAAAUAAGAUCUAAAAAACUUUCAGUGCUUAUUCACAAUUCUGAUGAACACAAGGAUAUUCAGAGUUGUACUGUAGAAGUUCAUUUUCAGAAGAUAAUUGAUAAGGAAGGGGAUGAUUAUGAAGUCAUUCCUAACAGUAAUUUCUAUGUAUCCAGAACUGCCUACAGAGACAAUACUUCUGUCUAUCACAUAAGUGGGAAGAAGACAACGUUUAAGGAUGUUGGAAAUCUUCUUCGAAGUCAUGGAAUUGACUUGGACCAUAAUAGAUUUUUAAUCUUACAGGGUGAAGUUGAACAAAUCGCUAUGAUGAAGCCAAAAGGCCAGACUGAACAUGAUGAGGGUAUGCUUGAAUAUUUAGAAGAUAUAAUUGGUUGCGGACGGCUAAAUGAGCCUAUUAAAGUCUUGUGUCGGAGAGUUGAAAUAUUAAAUGAACAUCGAGGAGAGAAGUUAAACAGAGUUAAGCUGGUAGAAAAGGAAAAGGAUGCCUUAGAAGGAGAGAAAAACAUAGCCAUUAAAUUUCUUACCUUGGAAAAUGAAAUAUUUAGAAAAAAGAAUCAUGUCUGUCAAUAUUACAUUUAUGAUCUGCAGAAACGAAUUGCUGAAAUGGAAACUCAAAAGGAAAAAAUUCAUGAAGAUACCAAAGAAAUUAAUGAGAAGAGCAAUAUACUGUCAAAUGAAAUGAAAGCUAAGAAUAAAGCUGUAAAAGAUGUAGAAAAGAAACUGAAUAAAAUUACAAAAUUUAUUGAGGAAAACAAAGAAAAAUUUACACAGCUAGAUUUAGAAGAUGUUCAAGUUAGGGAAAAAUUAAAACAUGCUUCAAGUAAAGCCAAAAAACUGGAGAAACAACUUCAAAAAGAUAAAGAGAAGGUUGAAGAAUUUAAAAGUAUACCUGCCAAGAGUGAGAAAAUCAUAAAUGAGACAACAACUCGAAAUAGUGCCCUUGAGAAGGAAAAAGAGAAAGAAGAAGAAAAAUUGAAAGAAGUUAUGGAUAGCCUUAAACAGGAAACACAAGGGCUUCAAAAAGAAAAAGAAAGUCGAGAGAAAGAACUUAUGGGUUUCAGCAAAUCAGUAAAUGAAGCACGUUCAAAGAUGGAUGUAGCUCAGUCAGAACUUGAUAUCUAUCUCAGUCGUCAUAACACUGCAGUGUCUCAAUUAAGUAAGGCCAAGGAAGCUCUAACUGCAGCAUCUGAGACUCUCAAAGAAAGGAAAACUGCGAUCAGAGAUAUAGAGGCAAAACUCCCUCAAUCUGAACUGGAAUUAAAAGAGAAAGAAAAAGAACUUGAAAAACUUACACAAGAAGAAUUAAAAUUGAAAAGUUUGGUUCGUGAUCUUUUCCAAAAAGUUGAAGAAGCAAAGAGUUCCGUAGCAAUGAAUCGAAGUAGAGGGAAAGUCCUUGAUGCAAUAAUUCAAGAAAAAAAAUCUGGCAGGAUUCCAGGAAUAUAUGGAAGAUUGGGAGACUUAGGAGCAAUUGAUGAAAAAUAUGAUGUUGCUAUUUCAUCCUGUUGUCAUGCAUUAGACUACAUUGUUGUUGAUUCUAUUGAUACAGCUCAAGAUUGUGUGAACUUCCUUAAAAGACAAAAUAUUGGAGUUGCAACCUUUAUAGGUUUGGAUAAGAUGACAGUAUGGGCGAAUAAAAUGACCAAAAUUCAAACUCCUGAAAAUACUCCUCGGUUAUUUGAUUUAGUAAAAGUAAAAGAUGAGAAAAUUCGCCAAGCUUUUUACUUUGCUUUACGGGAUACCUUAGUUGCUGACAACUUAGAUCAAGCCACAAGAGUAGCAUAUCAAAAAGAUAGAAGAUGGAGAGUGGUGACAUUACAGGGGCAAAUCAUAGAACAGUCAGGUACAAUGACUGGUGGUGGAAGCAGAGUAAUGAAAGGAAGGAUGGGUUCAUCAGUUGUUGUUGAAAUCUCAGAAGAAGAGGUAAAUAGAAUGGAAUUACAGUUGCAGAAAGACUCUCAAAAAGCAGUGCAAAUCCAGGAACAGAAAGUACAACUGGAAGAAGCAGUAGUUAAGUUAAGGCAUAAUGAACGAGAAAUGAAGAAUACACUAGAAAAGUUUACUGCAAGCAUCCAGCGUUUAAGGGAGCAAGAAGAAUAUUUGAAUGUCCAAGUUAAGGAACUCGAAGCUAAUGUGCUUGCUACAGCCCCUGACAAGAAAAAGCAGAAAUUACUAGAAGAAAAUGUUAGUGUUUUCAAAAAAGAAUAUGACAGUGUGGCUGAAAGAGCUGGUAAAGUAGAAGCUGAGGUUAAAAGAUUACACAAUAUCAUCGUGGAAAUCAAUAACCAUAAACUCAAGGCCCAACAAGACAAACUUGAUAAAAUAAAUAAGCAAUUAGAUGAAUGUGCUUCUGCUAUUACUAAAGCCCAAGUAGCAAUCAAGACUGCUGACAGAAAUCUUAAAAAAGCACAAGACUCCGUCUUUCGCACAGAGAAAGAAAUAAAAGAUACUGAGAAAGAAGCAGAUGAUUUAACAGCAGAACUAAAAAGUCUUGAGGACAAAGCAGCAGAGGUUGUGAAAAAUACAAAUGCUGCAGAGGAAUCCUUACCAGAGAUCCAGAAAGAACAUCGUAAUCUACUUCAAGAACUAAAAAUAAUUCAAGAAAAUGAACAUGCACUUCAAAAAGAUGCACUUAGUAUUAAGUUGAAACUUGAACAAAUAGAUGGUCACAUUGCUGAACAUAAUUCUAAAAUAAAAUAUUGGCAAAAAGAGAUUUCAAGAAUAUCAUUGCAUCCCAUAGAAGAUAAUCCUCUUGAAGAAAUUGCAGUUCUGAGCCCACAGGAUCUUGAAGCAAUCAAGAAUCCAGAUUCUAUAACAAAUCAAAUUGCACUUUUAGAAGCCCAGUGUCAUGAAAUGAAACCAAACCUUGGUGCCAUUGCAGAGUAUAAAAAGAAGGAAGAAUUAUAUUUACAGCGGGUAGCAGAAUUGGACAAAAUUACUUGUGAAAGAGAUCAUUUUAGACAGGCAUAUGAAGAUCUUCGGAAACAAAGGCUUAAUGAAUUCAUGGCAGGUUUUUAUAUAAUAACAAAUAAAUUAAAGGAAAAUUACCAAAUGCUUACUUUGGGAGGUGAUGCUGAACUGGAGCUUGUAGACAGCUUGGAUCCUUUCUCUGAAGGAAUCAUGUUCAGUGUUCGACCACCUAAGAAAAGUUGGAAGAAGAUCUUCAACCUUUCAGGAGGAGAGAAAACACUUAGUUCAUUGGCUUUAGUAUUUGCUCUUCACCACUACAAACCCACUCCCCUGUACUUCAUGGACGAAAUUGAUGCAGCCCUGGAUUUUAAAAAUGUGUCCAUUGUUGCAUUUUAUAUAUAUGAACAAACAAAAAAUGCCCAGUUCAUAAUAAUUUCUCUUCGAAAUAAUAUGUUUGAGAUCUCAGACAGACUUAUUGGAAUUUACAAGACAUACAACAUAACAAAAAGUGUUGCAGUAAACCCAAAACAAAUUGCAUCUAAAGGACUUUGUUGAACUCGUUUAUAUCCAGGAUUCCUCAAACUGAAUUCACAUAGAUUCAGCCUAUUGUAUUAGUGAGAUUUUCUCUUUGUAAAGGAUUAUAAUAUGAAGUACAUACUCCUAAACUGGAUCAUGUAACUGGUUUUUAUGCUAUUAGGAGACAUGUUAUAAGUCUAAUAAAAUAUUCUCUGUA